AGGACAAUUUAUAGAACCUAAUGUAGGAGAUUCAAAUCAAAAUGAUGUUCAUGUAGAUUCAAAUCAAACCGAAAGUUCAACUCCUACUAUUAACUCAAGAAGAUUAGUGUCAGAUGUUUGGAAUCAUUUUAAGAAACAAAAAGUUGAUGGGAAAUGGAGAGCGAUGUGCAAUUAUUGUUCCAAAAGUCUUCUAGGAGAGGCAAAACAAGGUACAUCACAUUUGAGAAAUCAUUUCAAGAGUUGCAAGCUUCGAACAACACGGGACAUCCGACAAUCAUUUUUAAAAACUCAGAAAGAAGGUGGUGAAACCGUAGUUGUUGGCAAUUAUGUGUUUAAUCAACAAAUAGCUAGAGAUGCACUCCGUAAGAUGAUAAUUCUACAUGAGUAUCCAAUGUCAAUGGUUGAUCACANAGGCUUUAAAGAAUUUUGUGCUGCUGUACAACCUCUAUUUAAAGGGGUUUCUCGAAACACCUUAAAAAAGGAUAUUAUGAAGGAUUACAUUGUCGAAAAAGAGAAAUUGAAAUCAUUGUUGUCAAGGAUUCAAAGUCGAGUUGCAAUUACAACUGAUAUGUGGACUGCUAGUAAUCAAAAUAGAGGCUACAUGACUAUAACAGCUCACUUUAUUGAUGAUUUGUGGAGGCUACAAAGUCGACUUGUGAGGUAAUAACACUAUACUAUAUUUUAAGUGUUUUUUCUUUUUACAUUAACAUUGUUCUUUUUCACUAAAUUAAUAAAAUAUGACUUUCAAUUUUAGGUUUAUGUAUGUGCCUGCUCCUNAUACUAGUCAAGUUCUUGCUGAAUUNUUGGUUGAAUGUUUAAUGGAUUGGAAUCUAGAUAGAAAAGUUUCUACUUUGACAGUUGAUAAUUGCACUACAAAUGAUGCUAUGAUUGAUCGCAUUUUAGACAAGAUUUCACCUAGGUCUCUUAUUUUGGGUGGCCAACUGUUUCACAUGCGAUGUUGUGCACAUAUAUUGAAUUUGAUUGUGAAGGAUGGUUUGUCCAUAAUUGCUAAUGUCAUUGAAAAGGUUAGAGAAAGUGUUAAUUUUUGGACAGCUACACCUAAAAGAGAAGAGAAAUUUAUAGAGACAUGUGCUCAAUUGAAUAUUCCAUUCAGAAGAAAGUUAGCUGUUGAUUGUAGAACUAGGUGGAAUUCUACAUUUUUGAUGCUUCAAGUAGCCAUACAAUACAAAGAUGUAUUCGAUCGUUUAUCACAACGAGAGAGUCAAUAUAAAGUUUUGCCUAGUGCACAUGAUUGGCAAAUGGCAAAUGAAAUUUGCCAAAGGCUGGAAAUAUUUUAUGAUGUGACGCUCUUGUUUUCUGGUACCUCUUAUCCAACUGCCAACAUUUUCUUUCCAAAGGUAUGUGAAAUUAAGUUGGCUUUGAUGGAAUGGCUUAACUCUCCUAAUUCUAUUAUUCACCAAAUGGCUGCAUCUAUGGUUUUAAAGUUUAACAAGUAUUGGAGUAUGAUUGGUGGAGUGAUGGCUAUAGGUAUUGUCUUAGAUCCCAGGUACAAAAUUGAUUUGUUGGAUUAUUUUUUCCCUCAGAUAUAUGGCAAUGAAUCUGAUUGUGAAAUUGAAAAGGUGAAGAUUCUUUUUAAGGAUUUGGUAAGAGAGUAUGAAAUGUGCAUGAAAGGUAAGAA